UUAAAACCUCACUUUCAGAAGAACCGGUUUGCAGCUGUCUGCAAGGUUCUCAACAGGCGCUUUCUUCUCUUGCCCACCAUGGAAGCAGGGAGGGGGAUCCUGAAAGAGGGCUUUCUAGUUAAAAAGGGUCACGUUGUCCCCAAUUGGAAAGCAAGGUGGUUUGUUCUUCUCCAGGACAGGCUGCUCUAUUAUAAAGUGGUGGGAGGAAAGCAGGAGUCUUCUCCCAAAGGAAAGAUUUUUCUGGACGGCUGUACAAUUACUUGCCCGUGUUUGGAAUAUGAGAAUAGGCCGUUAGUUAUUAAGCUAAGGACAAAAACCAACACAGACUAUUUCCUUGACUGUUGCUCUCGAGAAGAGCGUGACAUUUGGGCUUUGGAUAUCACGGGUGCUAUUCAUGCUGGCAAUCCAGUGCAAGUUCAGCAACUUCAUCUCAUGAGAAACUCCUUCAAACUUCCUACAAAUAUCAGUUUGAAUCAUAUUGUGGACAAAAUGUAUGACAACAGCAGCGGAAUCAGACAAGGCAGUUUGUAUAAAGAAAGCUUUACAGGCUCCAUACUGGUGGAUUGGUUGAUUUCCAGUAGCUUUGCAGCUUCCCGGCUUGAAGCAGUCACACUGGCCUCUGUGCUGAUGGAUGAAAAUUUUAUUAAACCUGUGGGAGUUCGCAGCACUGAAGCCAUAAGGAAUGGAGAUUUGACUGAGCAAUUUUUGGAUGACUCUACUGCCUUGUAUGCAUUUGCUGAAAGCUAUAAGAAAAAAAUUAAUACUAAAGAACAGCUCAAUAUUAAUAUACUUGAACUGAGUGGCACAAUUUUAAAGCAAGGCUUUUUGAUAAAACAGGGGCACAAGAGGAAGAACUGGAAAGUCAGGCGCUUUGUCCUGAGGUCUGAUCCUGCUUUCUUACAUUAUUAUGACCCCACAAAGGAAGAUAACAAACCAGUUAGGGGAUUUUCUCUCCGUGGUUGUCUUGUUUCAGCACUGGAAGACAAUGGAGUCCCUACAGGCAAGUUUUUACCUUGCAAGGUGCAGUUUUACUGUUAUCUUGAUAGCUUUCUUUUUUUGUUCAUUGAUAAAGAUUGGAGUGGUGGUCCUUCAUUCAUUACUUGCAGGGGCAUUGGAAGCAGCCAAUGUUACCCCCCACUCCCCUUCUUCUGCCCUUGUCUCAUUUCCAGACCAUGUGUUACACAAUAUAGGACAAGCACAAAACACAAGAGAGCAAAUGGAAUCAGGAUUUUGCCAGGAACUCCUUUUAUCACCCAGGAUAGAACUAUUUCUGCUAAGGAAUGCUUGUGAUAAAGAGCUCCUAGAGCCCAUCCAAUGGAUCAGAUUUUCUGCUAGGGCCAGUUCUUAAAAGAAGUGGGAGUGGGGUUACCUAAAAUACAGAUGCUCCACACCCUAACUCCCUCUCAUUUUAGCCAUAUUAUACACAAACAAAAGCACAACCUUCUCAAAGCCGUUGCAAAAGCAGCUGCCCAAAAGAGAAAACGGGGGACACACACACACGGACACACCACAACUUCACCAGGAUAGCUUAGGGGAAGACCAUCACAGCAGCAGAAAUGGCUGUGGUUUCUCUUCAGAAAUGAAAAACGUAAGCAGCAUUGCUUAGUUGCUCACAUGGCCCAUUUGUCUCACUUUUGAAAGCAUUUUAUAUACGCAUGACUUAAGCAAAGUACAUGUAAUGCAGAAUGGAAAAGCAGGUUCAGUGAGUCUUCUACGGCACCAUCUUCUGACAUUCUCCCUCUGAGAGAUUGCUGGUACUUCAGCAGCUUUUUGUCUUUUGUGCGUGUGUGUGUGUGCCUUUGAGUAAGUUUUUGAGUCCCAGCAACCGGCUGGACAAGUCCUCACAGUUUUCCUGACAAGGUUUUCAGAAGUGGCUUGCCACUGCCUCCUUCCUAGGACUGAGAGAAAGUGACUGGUGCAAGGUUGCCCAGUUGGCUUUUUGCCUCAUGGAGGACUGGAACUCAUUGUCUCCCAAUUUCUAGCCUUAACCACUGCACCGAACUGGCUCUCUUUACAGAUAGUCUCAACUUAUGACCACCAUUGAGUCCAAAGU